AUGGCGGAGUCUCGGGAUCAGGCCCUGAUCGAUUUUCAGGCAGUGACUGGAAUUGAGGACUUUGAUCUGUGUACCAACAUUCUGACAGAACAUGACUGGAAUCUGGAGAGAGCGGUUAACAGCAUCAUGGGUUUUGGUCCAUCAGAAGGAAGUGGUUUCGCGCCAGAUGAGAUAGGGCCUUCCAUGGCCGAGCUUCAAGAAGAUCUAUCCCAGCAGGCCUCACUUGGGUUAGGGUCACAGAGGUCAUUAGAUGGAAUGGGGGUGCAUGUACGGCCGUCGGACCAUGGUGCGUCGGAUAUGGCAUCUGGUCCCUCCUACAGCUCUUCACCUUUGAACUUCACUAGUCGAAUGAUUCACUUCAAUGUUGAGUACAGAGAUAGAAACAUACCUGUGGUUCUGCCUGACACAGAGACUGUAGGGCGUAUCAAGGAAAUGUUGGAAACAGAACUGGGAAUCCCACCCGACAAGCAGCAGCUGAAAGGUCUGGUCAAACGUAAAGUCGAUGACUCGACACUUCUGCGAGAUCUGUACCUGCCACGAGAGAAGACUCUCUGUCUACUGACACCAGACAUCACAAGUCCCACAAUAAACAAAGCAGUCUCUCAGGAGGGUCAAGGGACCUCACAGGGACUUGAAGGUGAUAGAGAGUACAUGCUGAAAAUUACAUUUACAGAUGGCUCCAAAUAUAAGGUUUUCAACCUAAAAUAUGCCUGUAACAAAACUGUUAAUGAUGUGAAGCAGUCAGUAUUUACUUUGACUGAUGUCCCAGUUCGGUUCCAAGAGUGGAACGGUUGGCCAAGACCAGUUACUGACCAGGAGAAACUGUUCGAUUGUGGCCUCAAUUAUCCAACUCAUGAAUUAGAAGUUACAAAAGCUGAAUCUGCCGUCACACCCAAACCUGAAUCAGAAGAUAUGGAAGUCGACAGCGAUGAAGAAGAAGAUACAGGUUUGGAAAACUACUCCCUCGAAGAUGACCUAUUUUCGCAAGAACCCAAUACAUCUCGCCGUCUGGAACCUUUAAUGCCUGAAGGCAUUGAUGAUGACCGAGAAGCCCUGGAGCAUUUCACAAAAGAGUUCAAAAAAAGAUACGGAGAUUGUCAUCCACAGUUCUAUAUUGGCAGUUUGGAUGACGCUAUACGAGAGUCACUGAUGGUUAGAGCAGCUGAUCGCAAACUUCUUGCUGUUUAUCUCCAUCAUGAUAACAGCAUAUUUUCCAAUGUUUUUUGCUCUCAACUGUUGUGUGCCGAGGGAAUUGUCAAUUAUCUCAGUGUCCAUUUUGUGACCUGGGCAUGGGAUCUGACAGCGCCUGGCAACACUGCGAGGUUUAUGCAAGCGGCAACACGACACUUUGGCAGUUUAGCCACAGCACAGAUGCAGUGCAACAUCACAGAACAUUUGCCUUCUCUCUUAAUCAUAUCUCGAUCCAAAUCAUCCAACGAAGUUGUGGAUGCAAUCCAAGGCCACACUACGUUGGAUGAGAUGAUGACCAGAUUGAUACAUGCCGUGGAGGUGUUUCAGGGACAGAAAGAGCUCGAGGUUAACGAAGGGAAAGAGCGAGAGGCCAGGGAGAGAAUCAAACAAGAACAGGAUAUGGCCUACGAGGAAUCUCUGGCUGCCGACAGGAAAAAGGCAGAAGCACAGAAGUUGGAAGAUGAUAAACGGAGAGAAGAGAUGGACAGGCUCAUCGAGGAGCAAAGGAAGGUUGAAAACCAGAAACAAGAACAGAAGUUGAUUAAAGAGGCUAUUAGUAAAUCCAUUGCUACAACAGUCCCAGACGAGCCAUCAGAAGACAGCACUGCUCGCAUAUCUUUUCUACGUUUUCGGGCGCCAAAGGGCCAGAUACUCACCAGACGAUUUUUCGCAGAAAAUACCCUUGGAGAUUUGCUUAACUUCCUAACAUCGCAGGGUUACCACACAGAAGAUUACAAAGUUCUCACCACGUUUCCUCGUAGAGAUAUUUCUGUAUUGGACACAGCAUCAACCUUAGAAGCUUUAAAGUUGUACCCACAAGAAACACUGAUACUGGAGGAGCGGUAG